ACCUCUACCAUGGCCAUGGCCAUUCCCAUGAAGACCUCUACCAUGGCCAUGGCCAUUCCCAUGAGGAUCUCCACCAUAGCCAUGGUCACCCCCAUGAAGAUCUCCACCAUGGCCAUGGUCAUUCCCAUGCGGAUCUCCACCAUGGCCACAGCCAUUCCCAUGAAGACCUUCACCAUGGCCAUGGUCAUUCCCAUGAGGAUCUCCACCACCGCCAUGGUCACCCCCAUGAAGACCUCCACCAUGGCCACUCCUACAAGGAUCCACACCAUGGACAUGGUCACUCGCAUGAGAGCUUGUACCAUGGCCAUGGCCAUUCCCAUGAAGACCUCCACCACAGCCAUGGUCACCCGUAUGAAGACCCCCACCACAAGCCUGUGCCCCCAGCCCGGGACCCGGUGACGCUGUGGCUCCACACCAUGGCGGCCGUGGCCGUGAUCAGCAUCGCUCCGUAUCUCCUCCUGCUCCUCAUCCCGUUGGAUUCGGCCUCUCCGGAGCACCAGGGGCUCCUCAAGCUGCUCCUCAGCUUCGCUGCAGGGGGGUUGCUGGGAGAUGCCUUUCUCCACCUCAUCCCUCACGCCCUCGCUCCGCACGCGCCCGGUGGCCACGGCCACUCGCAUCAUGGCCAUGAGCACGGGCAGAUGCUGGCGGUGGGGAUGUGGGUCCUGGCCGGGAUCGUCACCUUCCUGGUGGUGGAGACCUUCGUGAGGCAUCUCAAGGGUGGACACGGGCAUGGACAUGGACAUGGACAUGGGCACGGACAUGGACAUGGACGUG